GCACGCACAUCGUGGGGUUGCGAACAGAGGAUGCCGCCCAACUCUUUUCUUUGAUUGGUUGAUUCAUGAGCUAGGGUUUCGAGUCUUGCAGAACAAGAAGAAGAAGACGACGACCACCAAGCAGCUGCCCAAUCCCUCCAUUGCUCCACUAAUCGGACUACACCUCACCAACAGCACAUGGUAGAAACUCGAGAGUUCUUUGAUGCUUUCCCAGCAAACCAACACAAGGAUGACCAAGGUACGGCUCCUCCCCGAGCCACUGAUCCUGGUUGGGCCCAUGGAAUUAUGGUAAAUGGGGGUCGGCAAAAGAUCAAGUGCAAAUAUUGUCAUAAGGUUAUCCUUGGGGGUGGAAUUUCCAGAUUAAAGCAACAUUUAGCUGGUGAAAGGGGAAACGUAGCUCCAUGUGAGGAAGUACCUGAAGAUGUCAAAGUUCAAAUUCAACAACAUUUAGGUUUUAAAGUUCUAGAAAAGCUAAAGAGGCAGAAAGGGUUAAAGAGUAGCAAGAACUCCUUGGUGCCCUACUAUCAGGAUAGGGAGGGAGGGGCUGAUGAUGUACAGAGGAGCCCUAAAGCAGCCUCAGCAAGGGGCAUUAGCCGGAAAAGAAGGGGAAAAGAGAUUGAUGAAGGAACCUCCUACAAGAAAAAGAGGCACAAGAAACAACUUUUUCCAACUGCUACUUCUGUUGCUCAAGUUUCUAUACACAAUAGUUUUGCUUCCCAAGAGAGCAUGGAUCAAGCCGAUAUGGCCGUUGCAAGAUUUAUGUAUGAGGCUGGUGUACCAUUUAGUGCUGCAAAUUCUUAUUAUUUUCAACAGAUGGCUGAUGCUAUUGCUGCUGUUGGCCCUGGUUAUAAGAUGCCUUCUUGUCACUCUUUGAGGGGUAAAUUGUUGAACAGAAGUGUUCAGGAUGUAGAGGGGCUAUGUGAGGAGUUGAGAAGAUCUUGGGAGGUGACUGGUUGUUCGGUCAUGGUUGAUAGGUGUACUGAUAGAACUGGUCAUACUGUUUUAAACUUUUAUGUUUAUUGCCCGAAGGGCACUGUCUUCCUCAGAUCUGUCUAUGCAUCAGACAUUGCAAACUCUACAGAGGCCCUCUUGAGUUUAUUUGUUAGUGUUGUUGAAGAGGUGGGGCCUAAGAAUAUAGUCAAUUUUGUGACAGAUACAACACCCACUUAUAAAGCUGCAGGAAAGCUCUUAAUGGGCCGAUAUAAAACCUUCUUCUGGAGUGCUUGUGGAGCUCAUUGUAUUGACUUAAUGCUUGAGGAAGUUGGAAAAAGAGAUGAAGUGAAAGAAUUGUUAGCUAAGGCUAAAAGAAUUACUCAGUUCAUAUAUAACAAUACUUGGGUCCUCAAUUUAACGAGGAAGAGGACAGGCGGAAGAGAUAUUGUUCAGCUUGCAAUUACAAGGUUUGCAUCCAAUUUUCUGACAUUGCAAAGCAUUGUAUCUUUUAAGGAGGCACUCCAUCAGAUGUUUACAAGUGCCACUUGGAUGCAGUCAGCUUUCUCUAAGCAAAGGGCUGGGGUUGAGGUGGCAGAAAUAAUUGUGGAUCCAACUUUCUGGUCCAUGUGUGACCGAGCUCUUAAGGUCUCAAAGCCCCUACUUGCUGUCUUACACCUUAUUGACUGUGAAGAGAGGCCUUCUGUAGGAUAUAUUUAUGAUGCAAUGGAAAAAGCAAAGAAAAGUAUCAUUCUGGCAUUUGACGAUAAAGAAUCUGAUUAUUCUCCAUAUUUAAAGAUUAUUGAUUGUAUUUGGAAAGAGGAAUUCCAUAGUCCACUUCAUGCAGCUGCCUACUAUCUCAACCCAUCCAUUUUUUAUAACCCCAGUUUCUCCACUAACAAAGUCAUCCAAAAAGGCUUACUUGAUUGCAUCGAGUCCUUGGAGCCUAACUUAUCUACCCAGGUCAUGAUUACGAGCCACAUAAAUUACUAUGAGGAAGCUGUGGGAGAUUUUAGUCGGCCUGUUGCAUUACGUGGUCGAGAGUCAUUAGCCCCAGCUACGUGGUGGUCACUUUAUGCAGCUGAUUAUCCAGAUCUGCAACGCCUAGCUGUCCGGAUAUUAAGUCAAACCUGCAGUGUUACCCGAUGUGAGACAAGUUGGAGCAUGUCUGAACGUGUCCAUUCAAAGCAGAGGAACCGGUUGGAGCAUCAGCGGUUGAGCGACCUCAUUUUUGUUCACUAUAACUUGCGCCUUCAAGAGAAGCGAUCAGAAUCAAGUAAAGGGAGGUGCAUGAGAGGUACAUUUGACCCUACAUGCUUGGAAGCUAUAGAUGCCAGCAUGGAAGAUUGGGUGGAGGACCCAGUAGCCAUUGAGGGUGAGGACCUAAGCUGGAUGGUUGUAAGUGUCCCCAGUGAUAGGAGUUUUGUGAGUGCUAAAGUAAGAAAUGUUGAUGAUUGUAAUGAUAGUACAGAUGAGAGAGGCAGCUAUGACUCUAGAGAGAAGAAAUGCCGUGAGCGACGUAGGGAAGAAGAUGCUGAUAUACAUGAUGUGGGGAUGGAAUGCCACAUUUUGCAGAUUAUUGGAACAAAAUGGAAUUGAGUCUUUGUAUUCAACAGAUCAAACAAUUUGAUCUAUCUUCAGGGAGGAUGAUUGGGAAAGCUUGGGAAUGUGACAGACUCUAUGACUCUGAGCAUUUAGCAGUGGAGAAUGGACAAGCUCACGUUGCAAGUAGUGAGUUAGGUUCUUUUUCUAGUAAUGAUGAAAUAAUGUCAUGGCACUUUAGGUUAGGCCACCCCAAUUUCUUGUGCUUAAAAUAUUUGUUUUUAGCCUUAGUUGGUAAUAAAAAUGCUUCUGAUUUACAAUGCGAAAUAUGCCAAAUUGAAAAAAGCCAUAAAAAUACCUACCCUACCCACCAUGAUCGUAUAAAGCAUCACAACCUUUUUCCUUGAUACAUAGCAACAUUUGGGGUCCCUCACGAAUUCCAAACUUAACCAAUACUAAGUACUUUGUAUCUUUUAUAGAUGAUCACACACAAGUGUGUUGGGUCAACUUGUUAAAAGAAAAAUCGGAAACAACCCAAACUUUUAAAUAGUUUCAUUCUGUGAUCCAAAAUCAAUUUCAAACUGACAUUCGGAUCCUCAGAAUAGAUAAUGGAACAGAGUAUUAUAAUUCCAUCCUUAGACCUUACCUAAAAGACCAUGGAAUCAUACACCAAAGCUCAUGUGUCGGCACCCCCCCAACAGAACGGCAUUGCCAAAAGAAAAAACCGUCUCUUAGAAGUAGCCCAGUCCCUCAUGUUUACAACCCACAUGCAAAAACUGUUUUUGUGGCGAAGCUAUCUUAACUGCAGCCUUCCUAAUCAACCAAAUGCCCUCUAGGAUACUCAACAUGAAAACACCCUUAGACACACUGCCUCAAUCCUACCCAAACUCUCGGCUUCAUCAAACCUUACCUUUAAAAAUUUUUGGUUGUAUCUCAUUUAUUCACUACACCGCUCCUGGUAGAUCUAAGCUUGAGCUUCAUGCCAUUAAAUGUGUUUUCCUGGGUUAUCCAUUAAACGUGGGUAUGAGUGUUUUGAUCCUAUUUUGAGUAAGCUUUUUAUCACCAUGGAUGUCACAUUUUUUGAAAAAAAAAAAAUCGUACUUUCCCAUCACCACUCUUCAGGGGGAGAAUAUAAGUGAAGAUUGCUUCCGGGAAACAUCAUCACCUCAAUUGCCAAAUAGCCCACCAGCUGGGCAACUGCCACUAUUACUACUUGAAUCACCCACCACAACCGAAUCUAGAGUGCCAUUAAUGCUUGAAAAUUCUGUUAUAGGGGAAGAUACUAAUUCACUACCUGCAGAACCACCAAAACAACAGCUCCAUGUCUAUUCUCGGCUGUAGCCUUCGCAACAAAUAGAGCUCAACACAUCACAAGCUAACCAAAGGUCUGAACCGGAGAUAGAACCAGAAUAUGACAAACAACAGUCCAGUUGAUGUUCAAGGCGAAACUUGUGAGGACAAGGGUGACAACUUAGACAAGCCAAUAGCGCUUCAAAAAGGAGUACGAUUGUGUACCAAAAACCCAAUCUCAAACUUUGUCUCAUACCGCAGGUUGUCAUCCUCCUUUCAAGCAUUUGUUACCCAUCUUUCCUUUGAAGAAAUAGUACUGAGGAAUAUACAUGAAGCCUUGAAAAACCCAAAAUGGAGGGAAGCUGUUAUAUAGGAAAUGAAAGCCUUGAAAAAGAAUGAUACAUGAAAAAUCGUUGAUUUACUAGGUGGUAAACGUCCAGUGGGCUCCAAAUGGGUAUUUAUGGUGAAGUACAACCCGGAUGGGAAGGUUGAAAGAUACAAGGCUAGGCUUGUAGCGAAAGGAUUCACCCAAACUUUCGGAAUUGAUUAUUUUGAAACAUUUGCUCCAGUAGCAAACCUAAAUUUAGUAAGGAUCCUUCUUUCUUUGGCAGCUAACUCUGAUUGGCCACUUUAUCAACUUGAUAUCAAGAACGCCUUCUUGAAUGGAGAGCUUGUUUAGGAAGUGCAUAUGGAACUUCCACCUGGAUUCUUUGAUGACCAAGGUAACAAAAAAGUGUGUAAGUUAAACAAAUCUCUUUAUGGUCUAAAGCAGUCUCUGAGGGCUUGGUUCGGAAGGUUCUACCAAGUGCUAAGAAGACAUGGAUAUAGUCAAGGACAUGUUGAUCACAUUAUGUUCUACAAGCAUUUGACUAAUGGAAAAUUUGCUAUACUAAUCAUGUAUGUAGAUAAUAUUAUACUUAUAGGGGAUGACAUAGGCGAAAUGGAGAAGUUGAAGAGAGUUUGGUUAGUGAGUUUGAAGUUAAAGACCUCGGCUUCUUGAGGUAUUUCUUAGGCAUGGACGUGGCGAGAACCACACAGGGAAUCGUUGUAUGUCAACGAAAAUACACGCUAGAUCUUCUUGAAGAAAUUGGGGAUUUUUUAUUCUGUUGUUUUAGAUUAGUCUUUAGAGUUAUUUGUAUCCCUAGUUUUUAGGAGAAGUCCUUGCUGAUCAGUUAGAGCAAGGGCCUAUUUAUUUCCGUUGUUUUUCCACAAGUUUAAUUCAAUAAAGUCUAUGCAUUAAAGGCUUUAGAAUCUGUUGACCAUCUGUUCUCUUUCAUCAGCCUUGCUCAUUAAGCUUGUAAUCCUUCUGAGAAUAACUUAGGUCCUCAUCAUCCUUGGCACACUGGUCUUAUAAGUGGUUGCAUGCUUUUGGAUGGUAACCAAUGGGUUUCACUAAAGUGACUAUACCAAUUUUGUAUUCUGUUGGAGACAUGGGUAGGAAGGAUCUUAUCACAAUGCUUUUGGAUGCUAACCGAGGAGUUUCUCCAAAGUCAAUACACCAGUUUUGUAUUCUGUUGGAGAUGUGGAAAUGAAAGAUCUUAUCAAGAUUUUAUGAUUCAUCCAGUUCAAGGGAAGAAUGAGGGAAAAGAAAAAUAUAAAAAUUGACUUAAACAUGGAGUUCUUUCUCAAAAUAUUUUUGGCUAUUUUUAUUUUACUUUUUCCUGUUUGUCUUGAACUGUGGUCAGAGCCUCAGGAGAAAAGCUAUCAUACUCUGAAUUGUUUAUAUAAUUAAGGAUUUAGUUGCUGAUAUCUUUCCAGGUUUUAGGAUUUCUGGUUAGGUAGAUGCAGUUGAAAAAUUUGUGGCUGCUUACUCAUUGUACUAAGUUCACUGUUCUUGCUGGUUGCCAAGAUGUCUCCCUCAUUGUCCAAAGCUGUUUCUCACAUUAUUGCAGAAGCAAGCUCCACAUCUCUGGCGGAUGCUUCGAUGGGUGGCUUCAGUAGACUUUGAUGAGUGGCUCCAGUAGACCUUGGAAUCUUGUACCCUAUGUUCUUAUUUGAUGGUUCAACUUCAACAAAUUUGGAUAUUCAUCAUUCUUUCAAGAAAAUUUGAGGGCUAUUUUUAUUUAUUUAUUUAUUUUUGGUUGGCUUUGCUUUCUUUAUAUAUGUGUGUGUGUGGGUCUGUCUGGAGAGCAAAAUAUUUCAUUUCAAUCUUUUGCCGUUUAGGGCUAAUUUUUCUGUGGUUAAGUUAGGACUAAUUUUGAUAUGGUUAAGUUGCCUUAAGAUCAAUGCGGCCAAAGAUCAUGAAGCCCAGAGUGUACAUACACAAAUCUUUAUGAAACACUUCUCUUUCUUAGUGCUUUCUUUGGACAUGAGCCUAACCUUGGUGGAACACAAACAAUGUAAUAUUGAGCCUGUGAUCCUGUGUUGAGAGAGAACUUGUUUUCUCUUUGACUUUGUGAGAUUCAUGUAUUUCAUAUGUUCUAUCAUGAUGAUUUGUGUUGCCUCUUAUACUUUGCAACAUUGAUAAAUUAAAAAAUGUUCAAAUAUUUGUGUU